AUAAAGUGCCGGAGAGAUCCGUAUUCUAUAUGUAUAUGUUACAUAUUCUGCAUUUGUUUAUCUUGUGCCACUUUCCAGAUUUUUGAUGACAUCUCUCUCUACAGUGCUCCAACAAGUUGGUCUGUAUGUUCCUAUUGGCUGUGUACACUGACGGACAGCCCACAGAAAAUGCUGAAUGGUUCUGUAAGUGUCUGGAGGAGGCAUCCACUGACUUCAGAUAUGGGAACGCCUACCCGAAAGGACUGAGAUAUGCAGUGUUUGGCCUGGGCAACUCUGUGUAUGGCUGCCAUUACAAUACGGUGAGUAAGAAUGUGGACAAGUGGCUGUGGAUGCUGAGCGGCAUCCGGGUUCUGUCCAGAGGAGAUGGCAACUGCAACGUAGCGAAUAGCCACACUGGCAGCGUGCAUGCUGACUUUCUGGUCUGGAAGACCAAGUUCCUGAGCUGCCUGCAGGCCCUGGUUGCAGGGCAGAAGAAGGCCUGUAGUGGAAACUGUAAGAUGGGUAGCUCAUGUAAGACCAGGAACAGGAAGAAACCACAGUCAUCAGUCUUCUCCUAUCAGGCAUUUCCAGAACAGCUCAGCUCUGAGGAGGAGCUGGUAGAGUCCAGUAGUGACGAGGAGACAGCUGGGUCAGAGGAGAAUAGCCCAGGCUCAGUCAUCGAUGUGGAGGAUCUAGGAGACAUCUUGAACGGCAUCAAGAAAGCCAAGGUCAGUCAGAUACAAACCACACUCUGGGUUUUACACUAGCAUACUACCUAGAAAUUAAGCAAUGUAAUGGGCAUGCAUUAUACAAGGUUUGCUAGUAUGUAUACUUGAUUGGAACAUAGCCAUUUGUUCAAUUUCAGUUUCGACAUACAGUAUUUCAUGGUACUGUAUCUGUCACCAGAGCAUUUCAUAACUUCGUACUAUUGCUCCAUAAGUCAUUAUGCAGAUUUUUUAAACAACUUUUUUACAACUGCUUUACAACUUCUCCCGGCUGUUUUUGACAUGGCGUUGUACUACACCAGUCAAAGGCCACCUAUCCUCUGAUUUGCCGACAAGCACAUACUCUAUUUGGCUUCUGUGAACUCAGGCUCCAUGGGGACACCAGGGUGAGUGGGGUCCCCAUGGAAGGCCUCAUUGCCUUGCUUUAGCAGCUAACACAUAAGCUGAACAUGUGACUGUGGAGUAAACGUGGUUUCAUUGAAGGAAAAGCAGAGCGAGUGGCAGAUGGUCUGGUAGACACCAGCCUGGGCAGGAAAAGUGGGGACUUGCAUAAGAGUGAGCUGUGAACGUGCUCUGGACGCCCACUCCCCAGACUUCUGGGGAUGAGUGACUCAAGAUGAGAAGAGGGAGAGGAGACAUUUACAGUACUCCUCAUCUCGUUUUAGUUACACUCACUACUGAAGAAUGAAGGGAUGGAGAGAAGCAGUAAGAGCUGCAAAUAUCCAUCCCCUCCGUCUACCUUUCCAUUUGAUUGACAUGUUGAUGUGGGGAGAAGUCUGUCCAUAAUAAAGUGCUGCUCUGCCUUAACAACACUAUCAACAAGGCAGGUCCUAGAUUUGUCGCACAUUGACUGCUGUUCAGUCGUGUGGUCAGGUGCUACAAAGAGGGACAAUUGACUCAGAACAGGGCAACACGGCUGGCCCUUAAAUGUACAAGAAGAGCUAAUAUUAAUAAUAUACAUGUAAAUCUCUCAUGGCUCAAAGUGGAGGAGUGAUUGACUUCAUCACUACUUGUUUUUGUAAGAAGUGUUG